AAAUAUGCGAUAUUAUAGAAAUUAAAUUAUUACUAUUUAUUACUGACCAGUGACUAUUAUAGGAAAUAAAAUACCGGUACAAUAGAAAAUAUAAUAAAACUUCAUAAUAUCUAAAAAAAUAUACCUAAUAAGUAAUCACGACUCGUGUGUCUAUGCCAAUUAUUGCUAGUACACACAACACGUAGACUUACGGCUUACGAAGGCGUAUACUUUUUAUAUGAUCUCGAAACUUACUUGUUUCCAUACAUUAAUAGUAUCUUUAUAUAUUGUUGCAAUUUUUCAUUAGCCUUAUGUUCAGGUUAAAUUAUUUGAGAAUGAGAUCUCGUUAUAUGGUGUUCUGCUUUGUGGCAAUAUUUUCGCUCAGCAUUCUGUUUAUCAUGUUUCAAGAUAGCUUGAGCCGACCGGCAAUUGAAACUCUAGUCACGGAAACUCAUAAACAGAUAAACAAUUUCAAAAACUUCAAAGACAAUUUAAAGAUAGCGGAACAAAAAGAAUUAGUUGUUAACGAUGAGUAUUUAGUAUCGCUAGGAUUUAUUUCCAGUCCUGCUCUGUAUCCGGCAAAGUUCUGGAAAAAUACUACUCUACCUGUUGUUGUUACUUACGUUUUAGAUGGUGAACAUGGACAAACUAUUGGACUUAUACGAUGUAUAAACAAAUAUUUGUCCAAUCAUAUUAUACUAAUGUACAAUUUAGGAAUACCGGAUUACCAACUUCGCCUUAUGCAUCAGUUUUGCAAUAAUAGUUCUCGUUGUAUAAUUAUGGAAUUUAGUUUGUCGAAAUUCCCAUCACAUGUUAGUCAUCCUCAAAUUAAAGCUUAUCGACCACUCGUGUUGCAAGAUGCAUUGAAUCAAGCUGGGGCAGUCUUAUUUCUUGAUCCAGAUGUUCGAAUUAUAUCUUCUGAUAUUACUAAACUUUUCAGCACUUACAACAAUAAAUCUAUAGCCGGCUGGGAGACAAGAAUAGCUACAACUACUGUAACACAUCCUAAAAUGUUUGAUUAUUUUCGUACUCCAGCAGAAAACUUUUACUUUUUACCUACAGUCCAAGUUGAUAAAUUAAUAAUGUACAACACUGAAGACGUACAUCAGGAUAUUAUGUUACCAUGGGUUCAGUGCGCUCUCAUUAGUGAAUGUAUUACUCCAAUUGGAGUGCAAACUAAAGGUUGCAGGUAUAAUAAAAAACCACAAUACAGAUAUUCAGGUUGCCAUGGAUUUGACGUUUCUGCAUUGAAUAUUGUGCUGGGCAUACAUUAUCAGUUUGAUAGUGCACCAUAUGUUAUCUCAGAAAAACCCGACAACUUCUUUACAAAAAUCUCGGCACGUGAAGCAGAACGAGUUUUACAUAAUUUAAUCCUAAAUAUGACCGAUUCACCUGCAAUUACUUAACACAGUAGCAUUAUUUUUAUUUUUUUAUUUGGAAAGACUAAAAACUAUUCGAGUAGUAACUUUUUUUAUCUAUUAUUUCCUAUAAUUUAUGAUAAUUAUUGUAUUUUACAAUUAUUUUUUCUCACUAUAAAUAUUAAAUUGUGCUAUAUAGUUUUUUUGUUAAACUAGUUAUUAAUAUAACAUGUGUUAUAUAUAAGGCUGUGAAAUAAUUUUGAGUUAUAU